UGGGUAGUGUGUGUUGGGUAGUGUGUGUGUGUGUUGGACAGUGUGUUGCUUGUGAACUGUGUAGUGAGUGUUGGGUUUAGCAGUGUGUUGAGUUAGUUAUUUUUGGAUACGCUAAUGUGGGUUGCCUUAGGUAUUUUGGGUUGAGUAGUGUGUUGGGUUAGGUCAGUUUAGUUUGGUUAAGUAUUGUGUGUUGGGUACGGUAUUUUGGGUUUAGUGUGUUGGGCCAGGUUCGUUUACUUGGGUUUAGUUAGUUUGGUUGAGUAGUGUGUGUUGGGUUUGCUUAUUUGGCUUGAAGUGUGUGUGGGUUUGUUGGGUUAAAUAGUGUGUUUGGUUAGGUUAUUUGUGUUGGUUAAGUAUAUUGGGUUGAGUAGUGUGUGUUGAGUUAGAUUAGUUAAUGGUUAGUGUGUUUGGGUUGGUUAUUUUAUUUUAGCAGUUUGUGUUGGGUUUGGUUAGUUGUGUUGAGUAGUGUCUUGGGUUUGGUUAGUUGGGUUGAGUAGUGCGUGUUGGGUUUGCUUAUUUGGCUUGAAGUGUGUGUGGGUUUGUUGGGUUAAAUAGUGUGUUUGGUUAGGUUAUUUGUGUUGGUUAAGUAUAUUGGGUUGAGUAGUGUGUGUUGAGUUAGAUUAGUUAAUGGUUAGUGUGUUUGGGUUGGUUAUUUUAUUUUAGCAGUGUGUGUUGGGUUUGGUUAGUUGUGUUGAGUAGUGUCUUGGGUUUGGUUAGUUGGGUUGAGUAGUGUCUUGAUCUGUGUAGUGUGUGUUGGGUAGUGUGUGUGUGUGUUGGGUUUGGUUAGUUGGGUUGAGGUGUGUGUGUGUGUGUGUGUGUGUGUGUGUGUGUUUGUGUUUGUGUGUGUUGGGUAGCAGGGCAAUGUCCUUUGUAAACAAAACACACCCAACCCCCCACUUCAGCAUUCCACCACCACUCCUGUAGCAGGAGACAGUAUCCGGUUCCCUCGUUCUCCUAGAGUUCUCACCGUUUACAUUAAAUUCUUGUUUUUCUUUAAUUGGCUUUGUGAAAUAUUUUAACAUAGAAGCUUAAUUUUAUAGAAGCUUAAUUUUAUUAAUCCACAACAAAACAUUCUGCAACUGUGGUGGAAAUACCUGUGACGAUUAAUAAAGACAAAUAUUAAGUUCUGAGUCGUGUCAGAUGAGUAACAAGUUUUUAUUAAUGCAGAUUAUUGAGAGUACAAUCAGUCAUGAAAUCAUCACGCUCUGAAAGUGCUCUGAGAGUAACAGUCUCUCAGAGCCAUUAUUUAUCCCCGCUCCGCUGUAUCCGGAACCGUAAACCAUAUAUGGACAUAGGGUUUCCGCUUGCAACGGCAUCCUUCAAAUCUCCCUUCUAUCCCAAGACAGAAACUUCUUCUGUUCCCAGACAGAGUUGUUAGGGUUGUUUCUCGUCAGAAAUGUCAGCAUAACCUCUUCACGUUCACAUCCUGGUGUUUACCCAAAAUGGUUAUCAGACAAGGUUUCUCUGCUAGCUAGCACGUACACAAAUGUUGGAAUGACCUAAAGAGUAACUCUGCAAAACGAGCUUAAUAUGAAGUGAAUUACCACUGUGAAUAUUAAGUGUGAUUAAGCACAUCUAAUAAAAUAACCAUGCAUACAAAUUAUCACAUCUAGUGAAAUGAACAUGCAUAAAAUGAUUACAUUUGUCAUAACAAGGUGGUUAUAAUCGUAAUAACAUGGUGAUAAUGAAAUUUCCCACGUCACAACUCAAUCAGGAAAAGAACUCUGCUUAUUGAUGAACUGGAGGUGUCCAUCCCUUGGGGCUUCCGCAUAUGGACUGCCAUAGUACCUGCUAAACCAGACUGAAGACUUUUGCACAGCAAAAGUAAUGACAAUACUUAAGCAGCAAGGAUUUUUUGGCUGCUGGAUUUUUGUUAAACAUGAGUUCAGAGGGAUUGCAACAAAACUUCAUCUGGUUUGUGCAAAACAAGUGCAAAGAGGUUGCCAAAGACUUUAAUAAGAGACUUUGUUGUGAGAAAUGUCGCUUCUCGACCAAGGACAUUGAGCUGUUUGAAAGGCAUGUGGCUAAUCAUGAGGAGGUCACCUUCACUUGCACUCUGUGCAACCACGUCUCAUACUCCCGAGUGGAGUCCCAGCGGCACAGUGUUACUCACAAAGGAGCUUUUCCCUAUCGGUGUAACUGGUGUCCGUAUGGAGCGGUUCGGAGGGACUACAUGGUCAAGCACAUUCAAAGGAUACAUGGGAAGCCUGCAAGUGGAAGCUUUACCACUAAUUUUGCUCUGCCUACUGCAAAGGGGGAACAUCUGGCCCAACAACAAACUGCUGAUCUGUGCCCUGCCACUUCACGAACAUUGACCGAACCUGUACAAAAUGUAAACUUGAGUCACACAGCGGGAAAUGUGUUCAGUGUCUUACCCAGUGCAAGUCAGCCUAGAACCACUGCACCCUAUCUUGUUGUCGGACCUGUGGAACAAACAACCAGUAACCAGACCCAUGUGAUCAGCAAUACAACUGCCCAGUCGGUUACCAGUGCAACCUGCAUCCUUCCUGUUACUAAGGCUGUGGGGACACCCUACAGUGUGGCCAGUACUAGUCACACUAUGAGCAAAGCUCAAACACAUGGCAUUAUUAAUCCACCAAACUUUGCAAAGAACGAAGUACUUUUCAGACUUGGUGGAAAAAUUUCAGCAGGAAUAGCCCCUACUCUUAGUGCGAUUCCCAGAGUUCACGUUAGUGUCCCUGCUGAUCGGACCAGUCAGCAAAAAGUGGGACCUACUGCAGAGAAGACGGUCAUUCAGUCAAAAACAGCCACAAACAAUCAGGUCAUAUGCCUCUCUGCAGACCAUUCCGUUCCGCAGAACACUUUUGUUCAAAGUCAAGCGGGACCUACUGCAGAGAAGACGGUCAUUCAGUCAAACACUUUCGCAAAUAGUCAGGUCAUCUGUCUGUCUGCGAAUCAUGGCAUUCAGCAAAAACCUAUGUUUCAAAGUCAAGUGGGUGCAACCAUGGAGAAGAUCAUCCUUCAGUCCAAAGCCGCUCCAAACAAUGUGAUCGAUUUAGAAGCUGGAAACAACACCCAUCUGAAGACGCUUCUCAACAACCCAGUGGCCUUGCUUGGGCAAAGGGAUCUUGAGGCCCGGAAUGUGCCAGCAAAUUUGCUAGCACAGAGGACAGCAAAUUCAGGAGUUGCACGAAAUAUUCCAGUGGCCCAUGCAGUACAAAGGUCUGCUCCAACUGGGCCAUAUCCCAGUUCACCAGUUGAGCGGUUCGGACAAGGUGCACCGUCUUUCACUAAUCGACGGAAAACCCGACCCAACAUCCUUGUGAAAACACAUCCCAACGUCCUCGUGAAACCUCCAGAGAAGCUCCCACCAAGUACCCAGUCCAAUAUGCAAGUGGAAAUGCUAUCAACUUUGAACCAGCCAAUUCAACACAACAAACCUUUGACAGUGUCAUGUCCUGAAGAGAUUACCAUCCCUGCCGGAUGCCUUGUUGAACUGGUGGAGGUGAAAAAUGGGGCUGGGGGUCGAGAACUGGAGCUCCGAGUAGUCCCACAGCAGCCGAGUGGACCUCAGCUGGGAGGUUCAAAGUGUACCACUGUAGACAGUAGCCGGCUGUCUUUCAAGUGUAAGGUUGCUACAGAUGAUCGUCAACAGAGAUCAAGCUCCCAGACUAAUAUCCUUCCUGAGCCUCGAUUCAAAGGAGUCCAUCGGAAGGAACCCUCCACAGUAACAGUGGAUUUAAAUGUCAAAGAUGAGCCUGAUGUAAUUGAGCAAGUAACCUGUUCCAAGAUAACUGUAACACCAACACCAGGACCUUUAAGUGGAAGGUUCCAUGGUGUAUCAAGGUCAGUGGCUUCAGAAUCCCAUAAAGUCACACAGCAGCCUUCAACUGGACAUAAAAAUACAGCAAAGGCUACAGACCUGGUAACUCAAGUACAACCGGUGCACAUUAGAGGACAUACCAUGCCUAAGAGUGCAGGCAAUAAGAAUGCUGCUGUUAAAGAUCUUGGUUGUAAUCCCAAUUCUUUACAAACAUCGAAACGCAACAAACAUGGAAAUGUGGAACCUAAUGGUCAAGGCUUUCCUGUAAUUUCAUCAGUUUUCUCAUUGUGCCCGAGCCCUAAUGCAGCUCCGACUGGCAUUCGGACCAAAGUAGGAGUCUUGGGUGAACCUGCUGUGGGGGUCCAGGCAUCAAGAGAUUCAGGGUCCAAGGGAAGUGUGGAAAAUUUCAAUAACUCAGUAGUCUGUAGAAAAGACUUGAAAACAGAAGAGGACACUAGACUGUUGACUGACAACAUCCAAAAACCUGGUCAGAAACUAAAGAAAAGGAAGGAAUGCGUAUUAGAAGAUACCAAGGUACCUGCAAAGUUUGACAAUGACAACAAAAGCUUUCAACCCUCCCUAAAUGUUCUGAAGAGUACGACUAUCCCAGAAGUAUGUGGUCCUUCAGCAGAUGCUCUACGGACAGCUGCUUUCCCUGAUCAACUAAAGGGGGAAAAACUAUUGAGUGAAAGCAUCUUUUCAACACCAUCCAGCUCUCUUUUGGAGAACAGUUUUCCUGAACAGAGAGAGGGUCAACUCACGUUAGCUAUGAAUCCUACUGUAGCUUUGCCCAGGAUUCCCAGUUUGGAUUUCUACUCACUUUUAGAAUCGGCAAAGAUCGUUCCAGAGAAAGCAGUCAGUGAGGAAAGCAUAACGGCAAGACCUGUUCUGUGCUGCACAUCAAACCAGCAAAAUAUGCAGGGGAGGGCCAUUAAGCUCAUUUUGAAGCGUAAACGAUCUGAAACCGAAAACAAGGAUUUGGGUCAAGACCAACAUCCCUUCCUUGCAAGCUUCCACAUACAACCUUCAUCUAAAAAACGUAAAAAAGAGAAGAAAAGGAAAAAGAAACACAAGUCAUCUAAGGCCACGUUAAAGAGACAUGAGGUUUUAGUAAAUGGCAAAGUUAGAAAACUGUGGUUAACCCCGCUGAAAGAGGACCAGCUGGUCAAAGGUCCUGCCCCAAACCAACCUGUGGUGGUUCUGAACCAUCCAAACCCUCUGUUUCAGGUGGACAAUGUCAGUGUUCAGGAUUAUGGCUGGGUAGCCUGUUCCCCCAGUCCCCAUACUCAGCCAGAAACCACUCCCGACAAACUUGUGAACCAGUGUCCCUCGCUCAAAAUGAAACUAAAGAAAGUGGAGGGACAGACAUACCAGGUAACAGAACUUGUCCUGAAAGGCGUCUCUGAAAGAACGAUUGCCUGAUCGAAUAAACAAGUAAAAGACUUGCAGUAUUCACCGGAUGCCAAGCUGUUAAACAAACUGUAAAUGUACUACUGUACAGCGCACUGCUCUAUAGUUCAAACGCUGCUUAAAGGGCAAGAACCCUAGAUGGAUCUGCUUGAUGGUUUCAAAAAUUUGUAUAUUUGUGUACAUGGAAACUUAAGGUAUAAGUUUUGUCCCAUGUUUUAUAUAAAGAAAAUUGUUUUGCAUACUUUUAACUUGCAUCUUUACAACCUGUCAAGGCACCUUUAUUAUCAGCAGUAUUCAACCGCUGUUUCCAAUAUUUCACUACAUUUCUAUCAUUUCUAUCACUACAGUAUCAGUAGAUUUUGUCAACUUUUGUGACCUUUGGUUUGGUGACCUACCUCAUGUCAUUUAUAUUCUAUAAAUGAAGUCUGAACAAGCGUUAUGUAUGAUAUAUAUAUUUUGAAAAGGUGUAAAUAUUUCAGUUAGGUAAAAAAACUGUUUUUGUAAUGUGCCAGCAUUAGUGUCAGCAGUACCAUUGAAUGUAGAGUGAUCUGCAUAAUGAUUACAUACUGCACCAGUUAAAGUCUUGUACACAGCCCUUUCCCAUUCAAAUGUUUUCUUUUGUAUUGUGCAAGAGUGCAAUACAUUAAUACAUAGAUUCCUCACAGUAGCAGCCUUAGCUUUGAUAACAUCUUUGUCCAAACUUGGCAUUCUCUCAGUUAGCAUCCUGCUGUAGAACCUGGAAAAGUUCCAGAGGUGCUGAGCUGCUGUUCCUUCACUGCACUCAAACCCAAAUACGUCAGUGUUUAUUCCUUAAUUUUAUUUUGGGCUUCAGUGUUUAGAGACAAUGUGGAAAUUAAUAAAAAUAAAGAAAAUCUAUUAAAUGAGAAGCUGUGUACAAACCUUCGACUGGUACUGAAUCUACGCUACUUCCAUAGUAUGUAAUUGAGACUGUAGAGUGACUACAUAACUGAACACUUUGAGAGAUGGUUUCGGCCCGGUUGGUUUGGGUAACAAUUCAGAAUAACAGAAAUCCUCCCAGUGUUUGGUUUAACUUGUUUGGAAAUUUACCAGUAUGUUUAGGAUAGCCUAGAGCUUUCCUGUCCAACCUGGAGACGUUUGGUUUACGUUCAUACAGCAGGCAAAGUGGCUCAAAUCUGACAUUGGUCUGGACAGUUCUCGUUCCUAAACUGACACUCAUCCUCUGAAGAUCAGAGCUUCCCAAGAAGUUUCGGUUUCAUCUUCCUUAUAAUCACAGGAGCUAUCGAGCAGUUCCAGUGUCUAUUCACGCCCACUUCUUUAGUUUGUAUCCUUGGUUUCUUUACUUUCUGCAGCACUAUAACAUUUACCCUCUUGCGAUCACAUUUGUGCUAAACACAGAUCGAUUGCAUAUUUGUGCCACUUUUACUUGUUUAUAAACGUAACCUCAAAUCACGUGAAAACGUAACUUGACCAAACCGUACCCUUGUCUGAGCUGAUGUCCCUCCAGUAAAUACAGGCAGGAAUGUGUUCUAUAUUGUGCUUUAAGUGCAUAUCGUACAUUUUAAGGCAAUAAAGUGUUGCAUCCAGUCGUGCAGAUGUUGCACUGAUUCCUGUACAGAUGUAAAUACAGUGCCAGCUAGCACAGUGUAAAUAUGUUGGUGUUACUUGUACGUUUUUGUACCUUAAAGCCCCGUGACUGAGGUUUGAGUGUUGAGUUCAGACUGUUUUUUUUUUUUUUUGUUCUUUUGUUCUUUGAGUGCCUUAAUGGAACAUUCCCUAUCUAUACUUUUGAAUUUUGGGAGAUUAGCAGAAGUCUAAAGAUGUCAAGCCUGUCCAUGCCCUCCCUGCCCAGAUUGUUCUUUUAAUGUAUUCUUGUUGUGUUAUUGCGCCCCCUAGAGCAAAGAAAGAUGCAUGGAAUCUACACUACUCGACUCAACUUUAUCCAUUAUUUUUUUUAGCUUUUCAUUUCCGUUACUUUUCUGUUUUUUGCUUAUUCAAGUUUGUUACCUGGUACCUGGAGCCAGGUACUUUUUUAAGAGCUGGGUAGGGACUAAAAUGUGAGUGCUGAUUGGCCAGAGAGAACCCCAACUUGUGUUGUUGCUCUGAAGAUGACAUAGUAACAAUUUUUUUUUAACAGAAGCAGUUCUAUUGUAAAACAUCAUCAGUGAAUGGGGUGUUGAACCCUGCACAACUUUAGGAGCAUAAUCUUAGCCAUGCUGUACUUUAAUCUGAUUGGUCAGAUCCAUUUCAUCGGUUUGCACUGUUACUGUGUCGUCACUCUGAAAAGGAUCUAGUACCAGUGUUCUGAAAUGUUAUCAGCUACGUUUUGGGACAAAUGAGUUUUAUCAGUGGUAAAUGUACCAGGUACCUGUAGUACCUGUAGAGUUGUGUAGUGUAGGUACCAUGCAAUGGAACAGCGCCACCUGUACAUGGGGUAUUAAACCAACAACGCUGUGAAAACAAGUUUGUUUUUUUAUAUAUAUGAAAUGGGAAAAUUUACAGUAUCAUGUUGGCAUAUCCUGACUAGUGUGCUAGCAUUAGCCUUUAACUGUAAAGUGCUAAAGUGGGAUUAGGCCUCAGUUUAGCCACUUCACUUAUUUAUACUAUAAAAACUGUUGUAUCAUUACACCCCUGAACCCCUUGAACCAUGUUAUUAUAUGACUGAAACUGGGCAGUGAUGUGACAGGUCAUUUACGUUGAUGCUAAAUUAUUUAAUUUGUUUAAAAUUAAGUUAUUUUAUAAACCAAGUCUUAAGUCUUAUUUCGGGUCUUAAUCAAAGGCCUGGCUCUGCUGAGGAGUUCUGAUUCAGAUGUUAAAUCCUUUAUUUUUUAUGGGAUGUUUCUUGUUUAUACAUUGUUUGUGUUGUGUUUAACAGCAGGCGUGUUCUUGUGUUCUGAUCUGCUUUAAUAAAAUAAGUUCUCUGAA